GAGAAGCCGGGACUGUCUAUAUGGUGGGGCGCUGGCGGUGUUGCUCUGUGGAGUGGGUCCUGCUCUCAGAUGUUUUCUUCCAAUGGGCUUUGGGUAUAGGAUGUUGGAGAACCAAGAGCCGGAGGAGGUGAUCACUGUGCGUGUCCAGGACCCCCGUGUGCAGAAUGAGGGCUCCUGGAAUUCUUACGUGGAUUAUAAGAUCUUCCUCCAUACCAACAGCAAAGCCUUUACGGCCAAGACGUCCUGUGUACGUCGCCGCUACCGUGAGUUCGUGUGGCUGAGAAAGCAGCUACAGAGAAACGCUGGUUUAGUGCCUGUACCUGAACUUCCUGGGAAGUCAACCUUCUUUGGUAGCUCAGAUGAGUUCAUUGAGAAGCGACGACAAGGCCUGCAGCACUUCCUUGAAAAGGUCCUGCAGAGUGUUGUCCUCCUGUCAGACAGCCAGUUACACCUCUUCCUGCAAAGCCAGCUUUCGGUGCCCGAGAUAGAAGCCUGUGUCCAAGGCCAAAGCCCCAUGACCGUUUCUGAUGCUAUUCUUCGCUAUGCUAUGUCAAACUGCGGCUGGGUCCAGGAAGAGAGGCAGGAUUCUUGUCACUUGGCUAAAGGAGACCAGCCUAAGAGUUGCUGCUUUUUUCCAAGAUCGAGUAGGAGGAGUUCUCCCUCGCCACCUCCUGAGGAGGAAAAGGAUCAUUUUGAGGUGUGGGCUCCUGUUGUUGACUCUGAGGCUCCUUCCUUGGAAAGCCCCCCUCUCCCACCUCCAACCUCACCAUCAUGCUGUGAUUUUGCAAGACCUGAUGAAGGACCCUCUGAUCCUCAGCCUGUGAAGAGGUCCUUGGGAGGGGACCAUGCUGUGCCUUUGGAUCCUAGUCAGUCAGAAACAGUUUUGGAAAAGUGAACUCUGGUCUGAGCUCUGGGUUCUGCUCUGAGAUGGACAGAGGAGAUGCAGACAAGGAGAUGUAAGCACUGGGGUGGGACUGGGCACAGGGCAGCAUUGGGGAAGCUGGGCUGCUUAGUGUUUUACAGCUGCCUCUGCUCGGGCUGGUUGCACAGAGGUCGGUCAUGACAACUCCUCAAGCUUCCGCCAUAGAAAUAACACUGUGCAGAUGUUUGUAAGUUAGGUAUAAGGUCCAGGGGCUGUUGGUUUUGAGCAGGAUCCCAUGUUUACCCUCUUGGGAACUUAGUUUCUUAUGAUGUUUGUUAAUGGGCCCAGGAGCGCUGCCCCUAGGUGACUGAUUUUGGGGACCCAUCAGCGGCAGAUGUUAAGCUGCCAGAUUGAAUAUUGUCCCAACAGAAUUGCUUGUGUAGUUGUAUUCCCACCGGCUCGGUUUUGCUGCGGGCCCUGGAGCACUUUUUUUCUGGGAGGCUGGCCUCUUGCCUACCUCCUUGCAUGGCCAGGGUGGUGAAAAUUUAUUCUCCCACCCCCUUGCUUUUCCUCCACUAAUACCAGUGAACGGAAUGGUGCUGUGACUCCUGUCGCUGGCGUUCCCUGCAUAUCCCAGGACCUCCGCCUGGCCGUGUGGGGCCUGAGACCCACAAAGCAGGUCGUGACCACGCAUGAAAGAGAAGUGGUUGUUCACAGCCAGAGGAGAGGCAAACAGCUCAGGGAGUUUUGUUUUGGAAAAGGCUGUCCUGGCCUGUCACUAUCUCUUCUGGUUAUAAAGCAGAGACACCACCAUCUUUUCUGCAGAGGUAGAAUGCGCUCCUUUCUUUUUUGAAUCCUUUUCUUCUCCCUUAGUAACAGCUCCCUGCCCCCGGGGCUUCAGCCUCUGCGGUGUACCUCUGCUGUGCUGCAGGGAGGCCGUAUGUUCAGUCCAGUGGGGCGCAAGGGCUUUGUUUCUUUCUGGAGAGAGGGCUCUGGGGAUGGGGAUGAGGAACAACAUGCCUCCCUUCAGACAAUGAGGCAUUCUGCCCUCCUGCUGCCAUAAUUCCUCUCCACUGAGAGGCAGAGCUGGUGGGAGGCGAGUGCCGCUGGCGCUCUGCGUUGCUCUGCACUUAGGUUUGUGUGUGGUUCUUGCCCACUCCUCCAUCCUCAGGACACCCCACCCCGUCUGUGGGCUCUUUUACUACCAGCCUAUGCUGUGGGACUGUCAUGGCAUUUAGUUCAGAGUUGAGGGGCU